AUGGAGUCGCUAGUUCCUGCCUCACAGGCUAGUUCGCAUUUUGCGCUUGAUCCGAUCCCGGCGUCGGUUCUCGCUGACAAGGAAGCACGACGACGUGAUGCUGCAGUCGAGUUGGGAUAUUGUUUGACGGGGUGUGCGGUUCUUGAUGAUGAUGUCCUGCUGGGCGGGUUCGAGCGAGGCAGUGUCGUCGGAGUCAGCGCCGAAGACGAAGAGAUGGGCCUCGGUCUCCAGACUCUGGCGCAUUCGCUGUGCGAUGGGAGAAUCGCCAAAGGGCUCGUCGUCACUCCCAAGCCGAGAAACGUCACGCUGGCUCGUUUGAGGGAUGCCGUCAAGGCUGAACUCAAGUCUCAAGGUGUUGGUGGUGAUGCCGCCAAGACCAAGUUGAGGGAGUGUCUUGAACGAGUCAUGCUUUCGUGCGUUUUUGAUCUUGAUGGGUUGUGGGAGGUGUUGGCGGAUCUUAACAAGCCGGCAGAAGAAGAAGUUGAAGAGGAAGAGGGGCAGGUUGAGGAGAUACAGGACAGUCAAGAUGAUGACGACGAGGCUCUCUCACCAGUGGACAAUGUUCAGCCGCCAAAGCAACAGACGACUCAACCAGGCAUCAUCGUCGUCACACACUUCUCGUCACUGCUGACCGGCGUCUUCACUCACCGUGAAAGGUCAGCCGCUCACUCUGUAAUGGAGUCGCUAGGCUCACAUCUACGCGACCUCUCACGCAACCUAUCAUCAAGCCCUCUGAUAAUGCUCUUAAAUUCGACAUCCUCUUCAUCAGGUCCACCAACAGCGCAGCCAAAGAACACGCCAUUGGAUGCAACUCUCCGGUCCAUAUUCCACACAGCUCCGAUAGGGCAAGGCCCUCAAAGUACGCGUCGCAUAAAGCCCAACUAUGGCAUCGUCUUUUCGCAGCUACUCGACCUCCACCUGUUGUGUACCCGCAUCCCACGGACGAUGCAGGAUGCCGAGGCUGCGGUACAGCGGCUUGGAGAAGAGGUUAGAAUGGUGUGGGUAGUCGAGGUGCUGCAGGAUGAGAUAGGGGUUUGGAACGGGACAAGGGGCGAUAGAAAAGUGAGGGAGCAGUUGUGGACGGCACUAGAUGUUGAGCAAGCAAGAGUCAAGCCAGCGUUUGGAUGA